UAUUUAGUUUGCUAAAAUGCGUUUCCCAGAGCAGUAUAUUAAAAAUAAUGGUCUUCAACGGAAAAAUGCCGAGGAUACUUCUAAUACAUAUAUACAAAGAAUGGUUUGGAAAUCUAAUGAAAUAAUUUUAGACAUAGGAUGUGGACCAGGCGAUGUAACCUCAGAUAUUCUUUAUCCUUUAUUAAUGAAUAAUAUCAAUUAUUUGAUUGGAGUUGAUAAAUCAUUAGAAAUGGUAGAAUAUGCUAAAAAAACAUAUGAAUGCUCUAAGAUAGGUUUCGGAGUUCUAGAUAUUGAAAACGCCAAUGACUGUUCUUUUUAUUCGAACAAAUUUAACAAAAUAUUUUCAUUUUUCUGCUUUCAUUGGAUUCAUAAUAAACCUGAUACCUUGUGUAAUCUACAUUCAAUGUUGAAAAAUGGUGGAGAAAUGUUGAUUAACUUCUUGUUAAUCAAUCCGUUUGCUGAAUUGUAUACAUCUUUGGAUGCAGAAUGGCAAAAAUAUGUUAAAGGUAUAGAAAAAAUGUUCCAUAAUUUGUAUUCACAAGAUGAAAUAAGAGAUAUUUUUAUCAAAUCUGGAUUUCGAGUUAUUAAUUUAGAAUCAAGUAUUAAAAAAUAUUCAUUUUCAGACCUUUCAACAUUUUUAAAUUUACUUAAAGCUGUAGACGAUAUGUACACUUUAUUGCCAAAGCAGUUACAUAACAAAUACUUCGAACAUAUUAAAGAAAAACUAUGUAAGACACAAGCAGUUGAAAUAUGUCCAAUUACUGGAAUAGUAACUUUUUCAUAUACACCUAUUACUGUGCAUGCGAUCAAAGAUUAAAAUAUAAAGUAGAAUGUUUAAUAUUGUAAUACUUGUGGUUAUUUGGUGAUUGGGUUUUAUUAAAUAAUUAAAAUAAUAAAGCAAAAUACCUUUAUUUACCUAUGUUAAGAGUAUUUCUUAAGUACACUUUUUUAUAAAAAUUUUUAUAAUAAUAAAAAAAAGUUGUAAGAUAUUUUGUAAUUUUAAAAGCUAAAAUAAAAAAUUUUUAAAAAAUA